GUUUCUCGAUCUCUCGCAACACGAUCGAUUAGCGAUGUCGUUGUUACACACUUUCAAAGAGACCUUGAAGCCCUGUGGUAAUUUUCCAUCAUCGUCAUCAUUACGAGUCUCAUCUACCCAAGAAUUGGAACCGUCGAGAAAACCUCCCAAAUCGUCUCUCUCACAGCAGCUACUGCGUCUCGAUGAUUCUUACUUUCUACCCUCCAAGCACGAAUCUAAAAUCUCAAAAACCCAAGCCGAAGAUUUUGAUCGUAACGAAGAUGAUCACAAAAGAAACAUCAAGUUUGACGAAGAGGAAGAAGAUGAUGAAGACGAUGAGAAAUCAAUUGAAUUCGGGAGACCCGGGUUAAGCCGGGCUGAAUUUGACUAUUCCGGUCCUUAUGAACCACUUUUGCUGUCAUCAACUGGAGAGAUUCCGAUCAUACAGGUACCGGCUUCUAUCAACUGUAGAUUGCUUGAACAUCAGCGAGAGGGAGUGAAGUUUAUGUAUAAUCUCUAUAAAAACAACCAUGGUGGCAUUCUUGGCGAUGACAUGGGAUUAGGCAAGACCAUUCAGACAAUUGCAUUUCUUGCUGGAGUGUAUGGAAAAGACGGUGACGCUGGUGAGACGUCUCUUUUAGAGUCUGAUAAGGGUCCUGUACUAAUAAUCUGUCCGUCUUCGAUUAUUCACAACUGGGAGAGUGAGUUUUCUCGAUGGGCAAGCUUCUUCAAGGUUUCGGUGUACCACGGAUCAAACCGAGAUAUGAUUCUGGAGAAACUCAAUGCACGGGGUGUUGAGGUACUUGUAACCAGCUUUGAUACGUUUCGAAUGCAAGGCCCCGUUUUGUCCGGGAUUAAUUGGGAGAUAGUGAUUGCUGAUGAGGCACACCGGUUAAAGAAUGAAAAAUCGAAACUUUAUGAAGCAUGCCUUGAGAUCAAGACUAAGAAGAGGAUUGGUCUUACGGGUACAGUAAUGCAGAACAAGAUCAGUGAGCUAUUCAAUCUUUUUGAGUGGGUAGCACCGGGAUCACUAGGCACUCGUGAACAUUUCCGAGAAUUCUAUGACGAACCACUUAAGCUAGGGCAGAGAGCUACUGCCCCGGAAAGAUUUGUCCAGAUUGCAGAUAAGAGGAAACAGCAUUUGGGCAGUCUUCUGCGUAAGUAUAUGUUGAGGAGGACAAAGGAGGAAACCAUUGGGCAUCUCAUGAUGGGGAAAGAAGAUAAUGUAGUCUUUUGUCAAAUGAGUCAAUUGCAGAGACGGGUUUAUCAAAGAAUGCUGCAACUCCCAGAAAUUCAGUGCCUUGUGAAUAAGGACAAUCCGUGCGCUUGUGGAAGCCCGCUUAAGCAAUCAGAGUGCUGCAGAAGGAUUGUUCCUGAUGGAACUAUCUGGAGUUACCUUCAUCGAGACAACCCCGAUGGUUGUGAUUCUUGUCCUUUCUGCUUGGUGCUUCCAUGCCUUUUGAAACUUCAGCAGAUAAGCAAUCAUCUGGAGCUUAUUAAACCUAACCCAAAAGAUGAGCCAGAGAAACAGAAGAAGGACGCAGAUUUUGUAUCUGCAGUGUUUGGGACAGAUAUUGAUCUAGUAGGAGGAAUUUCCGCAAGCAAGAGCUUCAUGGACCUGAGUGAUGUUAAACAUUGUGGGAAAAUGAGAGCUUUGGAGAAGUUGAUGGCUUCUUGGAUUUCAAAGGGUGAUAAGAUACUUCUAUUCAGUUACUCCGUCAGGAUGCUGGACAUACUGGAGAAGUUUCUAAUUAGAAAAGGUUAUAGCUUUGCAAGACUUGAUGGUUCUACUCCGACUAAUCUGCGACAGUCUCUUGUAGAUGAUUUCAAUGCAAGUCCUAGCAAACAGGUUUUUCUGAUAUCAACUAAAGCUGGUGGGUUGGGACUAAACCUUGUGAGCGCGAACCGUGUGGUUAUAUUUGACCCAAAUUGGAACCCAUCUCAUGACUUGCAAGCGCAAGAUAGAUCAUUUCGGUAUGGACAGAAACGUCAUGUGGUGGUUUUUCGUUUGUUGAGUGCUGGUUCCCUUGAGGAACUAGUUUAUACAAGACAAGUAUACAAACAACAGCUCUCAAACAUUGCGGUUUCAGGGAAAAUGGAGACAAGGUACUUUGAAGGCGUCCAGGACUGUAAAGAGUUUCAAGGCGAACUAUUUGGGAUUGCAAAUUUGUUCCGCGAUCUCUCUGACAAGCUCUUCACUAGCGAUAUUGUUGAGUUGCAUAGGGAUAGUAACAUCGAUGAGAAUAAGAGAUCAUUGCUUGGGACAGGUGUUUCAGAAGAUGAAAAAGAAGAAGAGGUCUUGUGCUCUUAUAAACCCGAAAUAGAGAAACCUAUCCUUAAGGACUUGGGCAUUGUGUAUGCACAUCGAAAUGAAGACAUCAUCAACGGUGGAGAGACGACAAUAUCAACAUCUCAGAGGCUAAAUGGAGACAGUGACAGUGAUGAGAACUUAGAGUGUGUGGAUCGAAAGAAGAAGAAGAGAAAAGGUUGUAGUGAAGAGGAGGAUAUGUCUUCUUCAAACCGGGAACAAAAACGAGAGAAGUACAAGAUGUUAGCCGAGUUUAAAGGCAUGGAGAUAUUGGAAUUUAGUAGAUGGGUAUUGUCAGCUUCUCCAUUUGACAGAGAGAAGCUACUUCAAGACUUUUUAGAAAGAGUCAAGUAACAAUAUUAGAUUUCUUGAUGUAGAUUUUGUUAAUUAACUGUAUAUAGUAAG